AUGGUGGCGAGAGAUGUGGAGAAGAUGGUGGCCGUGGGCCUCGUUUGGGGCGCCACGAACGCCCUCAUGCGCAGAGGCGCAGUCAUCUGGGACCAAACACUGAAAUCCACCCCCCACUCGAACGCGUCCCAUCUCAGCAAGUGGCUAAAGCUGGCGUUGAUUUGGCAGUACACGCUUCCUUUCCUCAUAAAUCUGUCCGCAUCCGCCGCCUUCUUCGCCAUUCUGAGUGGGGCCCCCAUUUCCGUCGCCGUGCCCGUCACCAACGCCACCACGUUUGCCGCAACCACCGUGUUUGGGAUCAUCCUCGGUGAAGAAACCCGCCUUGUCCCGGCCUUGUUCGAAAUUCAGAUCGCUUCAGUUCAUCAGGUUCACCACUUCACCUCACCUUCACUUCAGAUCGCCUCCUUCACCGACUCACCUUCGCCGUCAGCCGUCCCAAGGCCCAAGAAUUUUGCAAUGGGAUUUAGCAAAACUGAAGUGAAUCUGAGAAGGUUACUUGCAGCAGCCCCGCAGCAGCAUAAUCAAGCAAAGCUCGUGCAUUAUGUUGCUGCACUACGGGAGCUACUGGAGAAACUCGCCGAAGAGAGGGUCUCUGAAGGUCUUCCGAGGGUUUCUAAAGGCCAGUUAAAUGAAUAUUCCGAGAAAAUUGAAGCUAUAGCUGCCAAACUGGUGGCCACCGAGUGCAGUACUCAAUUUCCCGAGGAGCCUUCUCUUGACAGCAAGGUUCUGGAGCCCCCUUCGGUAUCAGCGGAAGAAGGUGUAAGUUCUCCCAGAGGACUGAGGAGGAGAUUUGUGCCUCCAUCAUCUGAAAGAACCAUCCCCAACACUGUUGAGGAUUCUCCGAAAUCUGUCAAAUUGGAUGCGGCAGCACAGGCUCAUAUUGAGAAACACAGAAAGCUACAAGAAGAUUUGACAGACGAAAUGGUUGGUUUAGCACGACAACUCAAAGAGAGUAGUCUUAGAAUGAACGAAUCCAUCAAAAACACCGAGAAGAUCCUUGACUCGACUGAGAAAGCUGUUGAACACAGCUUAGCAAGCACUGGGCAUGCCAACACAAGGGCAGCGGAGGUUUUCUCGCAGAGUAUGAAGACAUCAUGCUUUACGUGGCUGCUCAUCUUUGUCAUGACAUGCAUAUUCGUAAUGGUGGUACUACUUAUCCGUGUUACCUAG